CAAUGUUGCCUCGGCUGGUCUGCAUCAGUGACUAUGAACAGCAUGCCCGGACAGUGCUUCAGAAGUCAGUAUAUGAUUAUUACAAGUCUGGGGCAAAUGACCAGGAGACUUUGGCUGAUAAUAUCAGAGCAUUUUCUAGGAAUGUGCCAACAUGCACGGUAAUUGAUUGACUUAUACUUGGAACUGUGUCACGGACAAGAUAACUACAAGCUCUGGACUCAACAGUGAAACAGAUAUAAAGUUCCUGCCAGCAGAAACUUGCCAUUCAGUGACUACACAUUGACUUAGUUCCCAGAAUUUAAUGGGUAGAGAUGGUGUAAAAUACCCACCCCCAAACAGCUACCACAAGAGAAGAAGAAAAGGACAGUAACACAUACUGCCUUGCUGGCUUUGGAAAUUCUAGAGUUUCUGAGGCAUAGUAGACUUGGUGACCUCCAAGUUCUAACCGAGCAGAAAGAGUCUCAUGGCUUCUGUGACUACUAUAGUGGAAGCUCUAUCCACGGAUGCUGCGCAACGUUGCUGAUAUCGACCUGUCGACUUCUGUUUUAGGACAGAGAGUGAGCAUGCCAAUAUGCGUUGGGGCUACGGCUAUGCAGUGCAUGGCUCAUGUGGAUGGGGAGCUGGCCACUGUUCGAGCCUGUCAGACCAUGGGAACUGGCAUGAUGUUGAGUUCCUGGGCCACUUCCUCAAUAGAAGAGGUGGCAGAGGCUGGCCCGGAGGCACUUCGCUGGAUGCAACUCUACAUCUACAAAGAUCGUGAGGUCAGCAGUCAGCUAGUGAAGAGGGCUGAGCAGAUGGGUUACAAGGCCAUAUUUGUGACUGUGGACACCCCUUACCUGGGAAAUCGCUUCGAUGAUGUGCGGAACAGGUUCAAGCUACCACCACAGCUCAGGAUGAAAAACUUUGAAACCAACGAUUUGGCAUUUUCUCCUAAGGGGAAUUUUGGAGACAACAGUGGCCUUGCUGAAUAUGUGGCACAAGCCAUAGACCCAUCUCUCAGCUGGGAUGAUAUUAAAUGGCUCAGACGGUUGACCUCACUGCCCAUUGUUGUAAAGGGAAUUUUGAGAGGUGAUGAUGCCCAGGAAGCUGUUAAACAUGGUGUGGAUGGGAUCUUAGUGUCGAAUCAUGGGGCACGACAACUGGAUGGGGUGCCAGCUACUAUUGAUGCCCUGCCAGAGAUCGUUGAGGCUGUGGAAGGGAAGGUAGAAGUCUUCCUGGAUGGGGGAGUCAGGAAAGGCACCGAUGUUCUCAAAGCUCUGGCCCUGGGAGCCAGAGCUGUUUUUGUGGGGAGACCCAUCAUCUGGGGCUUGGCUUUCCAGGGGGAGAAAGGUGUUCAAGAUGUCCUCGAGAUACUGAAGGAAGAGUUCCGGCUGGCCAUGGCUCUGAGUGGGUGCCAGAAUGUGAAAGUCAUCGACAAGACAUUGGUGAGGAAAAAUCCUUUGGCUGUUUCCAAGAUCUGACAGUGCACAAUAUUUUCCCAUCUGUAUUAUUUUUUUCCAGCAUGGAUUACUUGACAAAGAGACACUGUGCAGAGGGUGACCACAGACUGUAACUCCCCACUUCAACACAAAGGGUGUCGUUCUUUUCCAACAAAAUAGCCACCCCUUCUCCUUCAUUGCUUUUGACUUUUCAAUGGGUGUCCUAGGAACCUUCUAGAAAGAAAUGGACUUGCAUCCUGGAAAUAUAUUAACUGUUAAAAAGAAAACAUUGAAAAUGUGUUUGGGCAACGUCAUCCCCUGGCAGGCUAAAGUGAGGGGGAACAAAAGAUAUCCUCUGGUGAGAUUGGAGGUAGCAUGCCGAAGUAAAAGACACUGACCUCACUGUUUAUUAACCUGUCUUCUGUUUAGAUUUCCUUAAGACAGUGGCUCUUACAGUGUGCGCUGGGCUUUGAAAUGCCGGAAAUGCCCAGAGAAACAUGGGGUUUGGAUUUGCCGUGUUGAGAAAAUAGCACCCGAUAGAAUUGAAACGGAUGGUGGUAAUUUGUGAUUUUUCUAGAGACUUUUCAUUUUUUAACACCCUAUUUCUUUGAAGGUGGAUUUCUAGCUAUAUAUCGCAUGUCUGAAUAUGUCUGGCUGUUUUGUGGCACUCACUGUGUUUGAAAGGAAUGUGUCUAGUCCACUUGGGACCAUGCAAAGUUAUUUUAUUUUUGAACUCUGUCUCUUCAUUCCCAUUUUAAAGUAAGUGUUGACUUCCUAAUUCCCCUUGAAUCAUUUUUAUUUUCUCACUUCUCAUUUAUAGUCACAUUCAGUGUCAAGUAUAUAUUUUGUGGGGUCCAUGGUGAAUAAAGCUUUAAAAUUCUUGUCCAGAAAGAAGGGAAAAAAGUCUUUCCUUUUAUCAUACUAAUGUUCUUAAUCGUCCGUGUUUUCUUUUUCUCUUCUGUAUUUCGUCUAUUCAGUGCCAUUCUUCCUCAGGCAUGGGCUAGCAGAGGCAGUCUACCAGUUGAAGACUCUGUAAAGUGACUGUAGUUCUUCCUGUAACUUGUCCUUCGUGUACCCAUGCUCAGGACUUGCAGAGUGCCUGAGCCAGCAGCCAAGAGCCUGGUCCUGGGGCAUGAGGGGGUAUCAGAAGGGACAGUGUGUCAUUCUUGGCUCAGCGUACAUGCCACUUGUCUCCUUGAAUGUCUUGGGGGUUCCCAGAGACUGAAUCACCCAUUCAAGAGCAAGCAUGGGCUGACCCUCUGCUACCUUAGAGGCCCCUGCACAUCUGUAGCAGAUGUACAGCUUGCUCUUCAUGCAGAUCCCCCAACAACUGGAGUGAUGGCUUAGCCUGACUCUGUUGCCCUUAGCCCUGCAGUGACUUGAUAUGCCAGGGUGGGGUGAUAUCCAUGGGGGCUCCCCCUUCUCACAGUAGAAGUGGGUGUGGAAUAAAUACAGGGAGGAUCUGUGUGAGGGGGACUGGGAGGAGAGGGAACCUGAUAUUGGGAUGUAACGGGAAUGAAUAAAUUAAUUAAUGAAAAAGAAAAAGAACAGAAGAGACACGAUUCCAAAGGUAAAAUUGUUAGUCGUUUAAAUGUAGCAGCCAAGGAGAAUCAAGCCCUGAACGUGAUGAGAAUCCUUCUGGAUCUAAAACCCUGAACACUGAGGGUUAACAGCACAAGGUUGUUAGUUUUAGUCCCAAAGAGAGCUUUCCACAGUGGGAGCUACACUUGGCUUCUGAAGUCACUUUUUUCAAACAUCAUGGAGUGUUGAAUGAAGCCACCUUAAAGGAUGGCUGUGACACUGCUUUAUUGUUGUGUUUCUUGUCUUGUGAUCUCCUCCACCAGCUUCUGAAUCUCAGACCAUUGCUAAAUGAUAGCAAUGUAAACAGAGAUUCCCCUUCUGAAAUUGUGUGUGCUAGAUUAAAACACAGUCCUUUACUCUGAUAAAGAUGGGGUAGUCGGCUUUUAUCUUUUCAUCUUUCCCUGUGAGGAGUAAGUGACAUCAUCUUCAUUUCAUAUCAUGCUGUUACUUGCUAGUUAAUCAGUGAAGAAGUAUUCCCAACUGGUUAGUAAAUACCCUUGCUAUUAGUGAGUGAUAUCCAUCGUGGCUACAUUGUUGGACGAUGCCAUCCUAAGAUGUUGAUAGUGGCUUAGGAAGUGAAGCUCCACAAGAAAGGUUUGUUCAAAUUCCAAUGAGAAUCGCUAGAGAUGUGCACAUUGCCUAUAAUUUUGUGUAAGGUCAGAACUAUGGAAUGUAGAUUCCUUUUUCUGUUUUAGGAGCUAGAGCAUGUGUGAAACCUCAUGUUGGACAGAUUUUCCAAAACCAGAAAGAUAGAGUUGUUUCUUCUUUUUUAAGAGAGGGGUCAGAUUCACUGGAAACAAUAAGGAUACAGGAAUGAUUGAGACAAGCAUGGACUGUGUCCUUCGCAUAUCCCUUCCCAGGAGUCCUGCCAAUAAAUUUUGAUUGUCUUUUCUGUUUCUGAUUUUUUUUUUAAAAAUUAAGUUUCUUAUUAAACAUAUACACAAAACGCAAACAUCAUAUACAAUCAUGCUGUGCCUUGGGGCUUUUGGCACAUGUGUAUAUGCAUAUGUAUGCAUACUGUUUAAUCCUCAUCUGUUCUCUGAGGUUUUGUAAAUCUUGGGGAGGAAAGAAAAAAUGGUUUCGUUAGGCUGCCUCCUUGUCUGUUGUGUGAUCUAGACCACAGUGCAGUAGGACAGUGUUCUACAAACCAUAACCUGAAUCCUAACAACUUGGACGUGACAAAGCAGACUUCUGUGCCUAUGAGCGGCGUCUUCUCAUCCAGCGAGGUCAAUGAGUGUAAGCUGUAGGGACAGGCCAUAUGGCACCUAGAAAUGCCAGGCACUCUCUUCACGGUUGAUUCUUCCCGUUUUAUUUUAUAGUUGACUGAGGCAUCGAAUACCUACAGGGAGCAUGUAGAGCUGUAAAGACAAGUGUGUGGGUGGAUACAUUUUAUACAACCGUAGGGUCACCUGUAGAUCCUGAUGUAGAAAAUGUCCAUCUUCCUCACAGAACCCUGCCUUUCAGAAGUAAACGGCAUUGGUGUCUGUGGCCAAGGACUGCUGAUAGGAGCUGCUGAAGAUCACGUGAUGCAAACCUUAUGGGAUAUGCUUGGGUAUUUGCAGUCUUCUGCUCACUCCAUGUGGAGCUCAUCUAUCAGCAGCUACUUUUAUUUAUUGAUCUAUAGUAUGCCCUGAUCCAUUGUGAGACUUUGCCACAGCACAGUGAUCACUUCUUCCAUUGGUAGGCGCCUGGGUUGUUUACAAGUUCUUUCACUCCCCCCGGAAGUUGCCUCUGCUUUGCAUUAAUGCCCAUGCGCUAUCAGUUUAUGCUUUUUCCUGGAAAAUCUAUUCAGUUUGAACACUGAGAUGGUCAUGUUCUAUGUAGAUGGGGCUGACAUCUGGUUGAAGAUCACUAAGUGCCCUCCCCCACUCCACCUCUGCCCCAUAACAUCUUCUUAUCAUAGCUGUGUUUCUGUCAGGGCCGAAACACUUCUUCCACCUGAUACAGAGUCAUGCCUGGAGCCUGAAUAGCUUGGGAUGGCUGCCAAUAGAAAUCUCCAGAAUUUCCUUUGCUUAAGCUUGCUUAUAUUCUACUAUCUGGAAGAGUGUGGGUGUGAAAUAAACUUCCUCCUUACUACCAAGCUUGGGUACCCAGUUCUCAGGCCUGUUGGGCUGAGUGUAGUGGGACAGAUGCUGCUUAGCGUGCAGUUUGCAAACUGCAUCUGUAUCCUAGCUGUGUUAUUCAUUUGAUUGUUUAUCUGGCCCAAACCUUGGUGUUUGUGAAACAGCUUGAAAAGGCUGUGGUGCAUUAGGAUAGCAUGAAAGGAAGUUGUGACUUGUUCUCAAAGAAGAAGAAAGGAUUUUUUUCUUUCUCUGUAGAAUCCAUAAUUUAUUUACAUGCCCUGUGUUGCAUGUAAGUUGCAUAGCAACAAAAUAAAGUCUGUGCAUGAAAAUAUGAAGGUUUCGUAUUACAUAGAGAUGGGGGACACACUCUGACCUUGGACUCUUUCAUAGUGUGCACUCUGUCAUUUGGCAAUUAUAGAAAUAUUUCAGGGUGACUAUUUUAGGUGCUAUGUUAACUCAAGUGAUAGCAGGUCAUCAUUAUAUGUUUAUAGGAUGGAAAAUUUUUAUCUGUUUUAAGAGAUAGAAUUUCCUGUUCUUUCCAAAUCUAACUUGUGCAAUAGAGCUCUUUUCUCCUCAAUCUGGUUCUCCAUAGACAGCCAAGGGAAAAGAAAGGGAUGCUUUUUCAAACAAAUCAUUUCCUGUUUGCUUCUCUAAGGAUACUUUUCUGAACUUAGAUAAUGACAAUGUUCAACUGAAAAUUUCCCAGUUCCUUCUAGAAGUCAGGAAUUGGGGAAUUCCAGAUGCCGAGAUGAGGGGUGGAGUCUUUAUAAGCAACAUGCCUGAUUUCAUCGUUUCCUUUGACUCAGCAUGGCUGGGGGAAAGGCUCUAUGAGGCCCAGCUUCCUACCUGGUUUGCUUAGUUUUGUCGUUCAUCUUUAGGGCUGAUUUGUUAUACUUUGCAGUUGAAUUUGCAUUUGUUCCUAACAGUGGUAUCUCCUUAGUGUUGGAUCCUAUACAGGAAGGGUCUUUAUCCUAUACAGGAAGGGCCUUUACGGCAUAUACUACAUUUCCUUAUCACAGUCACUGCUUGAAGACCAAGGCCAAUGUGCCAGGAAACCCUGUAUUAGGAUCUUGACGACCUGAGUGCCUGGGCCUGCGAACCGCAGUUCAACCUGAGGCCCCUCCAGUCUCAGCUGUGAAUCUAAGACCAGCGUCUGCCUAACACAUGGGUUAUUAUGAAACUAGCAGGGAGAAAUGAAGAAAAUGUAUUGUGACUUGUAAAACAAUCUUAAAAGAAAAAAAUCUUAUUAGCAGUCACUAGUAAUAGGGGAGGUAAUUUAAUGCGUGCCAAUGUGCAUUUCAUGUUUACUUAUAAGACAUUGACGUUGUGGUAAAAACAAUUAUUUAAAAAUUCAAACAAUGCAACAGUGAAGAAUAAAAAUAACCAUUUUAACACAUGAAAAUAACCUAUUGUGUUAGAGGUAAUGUCUCAGAUACUGCUGGGGAUAUUUAAGAGAUAUCAGCUGUAUGGACAGAUAGAGCUGUCUUUACUAAACUAGGGUUUCACAUUGAAUAUUAUAUUUAAGUAAAAUGUUCAUUUUUAUUUAGUUUGAGUUUAGUAGAAGAGGACAUGAAAUAUAAAGGAUUCAAAAUUAAAAUGUUUUUCUUUGAAAGGAGAUAAUAUGCAUAACCUGGAUAUUUUAAAAUUAUAAAAACCUAAGAGCUAGGGGUAAUUUUGGUUUAUGGCACACACAUUUCAAUUUUGGGCCACAUUGGUUGAGUUACUGCUGUGAGGAAGUAAUGAGAGUCUAGCACCUACUUUUCCCCUUUCUCCCGAUUUUGUGAGUGAUUUUCUAUGCUGUCAUAGUACUGAACACAUACCUUUGUGUCAGCAAUGCUGGCAUUCGGCAGUUACUUCCCAUCUUCCCUGUGUUCUGGCCCUGUUCUGAUGCACUCAGUUCCUGGAUUCACUGACAACUCUUAACUAGAAGAAUGGCUACAUUCUAUGGGCUUCUACAUGUUUAAAUUUUUUCUCGACACUCCUGCCCCUCAGUGCUAAUAUUCUGGGGUCAUACUCUUUCUGCAAACAUUUUAGGUUGUCUUAGAACAACUAAUUUCAUCAAAAGAAGCAGACUUGUGUUCUUAAUGUCUUCUCACCUCCAAAACCUGCUAGGUAGAAGGCCAUUUCUGUGACUUUGGGUUUCAAAAUUCCAGCUAGGAGUUCAUGCUGAAAAUGUUGCAAAAUGUAAGUUUGUAACAAAACAGCCUACCCCGUGUUUAAUUUUAUAUAUUUAAUUUAAAUAUAUGAGAAGCAACAUGGAUAUGUCUAAUUUUAAUUAUUAAUAUACAUUUUGACUCAUAUAGCAACAGUAAUAUAAUUAUUAUUUGCAAAUUGUUGGGCACUUAUUCCAUGAUGACAAACAUUUUAAGAAAUUUUUGAUGAGCAAACCAACUGCAUGUGACCCUUUGGAUGUUUUGUAAUGAGGGAAAUAUUUUAUAUGUUCUUCCUGGUAGAAUAACAGAUGUGGCUAUUGAACACUUGGGAAUUAUUAAUGAUUAUAUUCUUUAUUUGAUUUUAGUUCAUUUAAAUUUAAGUAGUCAUAUGUAUCUAAUGGGUCAUCAGUAAAGGGCAUAGAACUAGAAGUUGAGGUCCAUGUUAGGAACAAAAGAAAAUUAAUUGAACAGUUUCAAGAUUAGUUGAAAUGAACUCAUUCUGCUGCAUGACUACUCCAGGCAGUUGCAGGGAAUGAUUUUAAUGUAGCUUUUGGACUUAUCACAGCUGAUUCCCAUAUCAUAGGUAUAUAAACUAUAAGAAUAAAUAAAAUAUGAUGUAUAAGAUAUUUGCACAUAAGAGUAUCAAUUGAAAUAAUACAUGUAAUUAUAUUUUAAAAUUAUUUGGAAGGGAAGUUGUUUUCAAGUAGCUUUGGUUUUUGGUUGUUUCCUUGAUUAGGUUUUAGACUUUUAGUUAUGAUUCACUGAAACAAAAGCAAGAAUUUUGUCUAAUAUCUUCAGUCCACACACUGAAAGGACCCAUUAUUUUAAUAAAACAAUCCUGGAUGUUAGAUCUCAUUGUCUACGUGUCUAGUAAUAUCAUUGACCAGUAGGACAUGAUGACAAACCGUAAGUAACAAUGUAUGUGUAAGCUGUUACCAAAGUAGGAGUAAGAACACGUGACCUGUGUUGUGAUGACAGACCUUAGAAACUUAAGAAUGAAAGCGUAGGUCAGACAAUAGGAAGAAUGCCCAACUGAGUAUUUCAAAUGGCAAAAUAGGAGCUUGUGUGAAAUCAUUCUCUAGGGAAUUCUGGCUCCUAUUUGGUAUCUAAAAAAUUCUUUAUCAUAAGGUACAAGUAACAUUACUCAAAUUGAAAACAUUUUUUGGUCUUACAUUUAUUUAUUCAUUCAUGCUAUAUUAACAGUCUUAGUAUAAACAAGCAAGUCUCAGCUAAAGAUUAAAACCUAGUAAUAGACCAUAACUCUCCCCAAGUCAAGAUUCAAUCUCUUUUCCAACAUCAGCUUAUAUUCUAAUUCUAUUGCAUAGUUAGCCAUUUGUUGUUGUAGUAAGAUACCCGAGAUAACCAGCCUAUAAGAAGGGAAGACACAUUGGCUCCUCAUUGCACAGACUGCAUUUCACAAUUAUCUGGUCCUAUUUUGCACUGGGUGGAAGCAGCAUGUCCUGGGAAAACCAAAAUAAACAAUUUUUAGUAGAGCCAUUUCUCUUUUGAUAAUUAAUUUACUUUACACCCCAAUAUCAGCCCUCCUUUUCCCAGUCCCACCCUCACAGCUUCUUCCCUGUUUUCCCCUCCCCUUCUCCUUUGAGAAAGGGGAGUCUUCCUCUGGUGUGGUCCCCCACCCAACCCCCGCACAUCAGUUACUGCAGGACUAAGAACAUCCUCUCUCCAGAUAAGGUGGACAAGUUAGAAGAAUAGGAUCCAUAGACAGGCAAUGAAUUCAGGGACAGCUCCCCUCCAGUUGUUGGGAGACCCUUAUGAAGACUAAGCUGCCCAUCUGCAGCAUAUGUGUGGGGGCUAGGUCAAGUUCAUACUUGGUUGGUGAUUCAGUCUCUGAAAGUCUCCAAGGGAGACACAUCUUUUUAAUGAUGCAUUUACUGAUGGUGCCACAAAAUAACAACUGAACCUUUUUCUAUGACUUUUAUAUAUGACUUCGUGGAGUGUCUAGAUCCAAGCUAUAACACAUCCAAUAUAAACAUUAAAGAGUAGUAUGCGACAGUCUUUUGAAAAAUUUGAAGUGUGUGUUUAAAUAUAAUCUGUGUCAUGGUUUGAAUACCCCUGUUUUAAGUAGUACUUUUUUUUUAAAGCAGUAAGGAAUAAAAAGAAAGUUUUUGAAAAAACUCUCGUCAUUUGACUGAACACUGUUAAGAUUCACUGUUUUCAAUAUUCCCAAACACAUACCAACAACGACAGCAAUAACCACACUUAAGACUCAGUCAUAAGUAAAACCUCAAUCCAUCAAAGAAAAGGACUAAAAUGAUUUAUUUCAUGAAACUCUUAAAUAGUCACAAUUAGGCCAAGACAGUGUAUACAAAAGCCAGAAUGAAUACAUUUGAAAGGCAGCCAUUGGAUCAGCUGGUGGAUUUGUCCACACAACGGCAAAAACAAGUUACUUGUCCACUCUCCACUAAAUAGACCACAGGCUUUGUUGUCAAGUAAACACAAAUGCAAUGAAAUCUACAGAUUUUCUCCCAAGCAUCAUUUUAGAUAAAUGUUUCUUGGCUGAUCUUAGUCUAGGUCUGUUAACAAUUUAUUCUGGGUUAUUUGAUUGGCCUUCAGCUCUUUGGCCAUCCCUUGUCCAUCCUGUACCAGGCAGGCAAAUGAUGGAGAAAAUGAUGCAUGUGUAAACAGAGAAACAGGGAGGGAAAGGCUCUGGGAAGCCAGGCUCCUCCCAGGGUUAUGGCUCUCCUCAGGAAGGCAGCAGUUAAAGGGCAUGGGGCAUGCAUGUUUCAACUGCCUCUGCUUUGAAGCAGCCACACCAAGAGCUCAGAAAUGAGAAUCUUGUCCCUCUACUAAACACUUGUUAGCAUAUCUACUUUGGACGCUCUUCUCUGCUACUUUUGGAAGUGAAGGAGAGAGCAUAUGUUUUGAAUGGAUCUCAACCACACAUUCUCUAUUAAUUUCCCCAAGCACAUACCUUCUUGAUGCUACACGUUCAGUCUUCCUGUGAUUUUUAACUUGUCCAAUAAAAGGAAAAUGGUACGAGUGCAAGCUACAGUGAGAAGGGAAUACGACUCACAUCAUUCAAAGAUUUAAUUUGAUUAAUUUAAUUUCAAAGAGCAUUUUCUUUACCUUUCAAAGAAUUUAUCUUAUUACUUUCAGUACAUCUCAUGCUCUUGUGAUCCUUGAAGUGUUUGACUGUUGAUCAGAAAUCAAACGCAAGCCAGUGAUCUCUAGUACUCUUCCCCAGUGUAAAAGUCAGUCUGCUUUCCCAUUCUGUAUUCAUCAUGGUUGGGUGUUCCCUGGUCUAUGAGUUGGGAAGCAAAAUUACAGAUACUUGAAUCUAAGAAAUGGUCAUAUUCAGAACCAGGUCACAACAUGGAAACAGUUCAGUGAAAUCAAUAAUUGUCUUGAUCAUAAGAUAUCUCACAGUGACAGUUACUAAAACAAUAUUCAAUUAAUACAGAUAUUUUAAAAGUUUCACUGGAGGAUGCCAGGAAGCCUGGGAGGGGCAGUGUUGUGUGCAUGAUCUAUGAUUUUUCAGAGCUUGCUUCUGUGCCCCAGAUCUCUCUCUCUGAACACCAGGAUCAUGCAAUAAUGAAGAGUGGACCAGGAGCUGUCACCCAGGCUUUGGCGUUCUUGAUAGUGCCCCCCCCCCCGCAUUAGGAUGAACUAUUCCUUGCAUUGCUUUUCACUGUUUUAAUAUUUAACUUAGGAUGGUAAGUUUCCAUUGUCGUUAACUUAAGAACUUAAAACCAGACAACUUGAAGAAAGAACGCUGAUUUUAUACAUUAUUCUGAAAGUACAAAUGAGACUUUAUGAUCACAAAGUGUCACUGUGAGUUUAUUUGAUUGACAAUAAGAAAUAGAAAUGAUAAUGUAAUAAUAUUAAGGAGUAUGGUUUUCUUAAAUAUAGAUUCUGAUAUUUAAAAGUCCUUUGAUUCUCCAGUAAACAUCAAAUUGAGUUUGAUAAGCAACAGAAAUUCAACAAAGUGACAGAAUUUUCACAUCCUUGGAGCAUGCCAGUCAUGUAUCAAUAUGCAUUCUUGACACAGGCCAGAGAAAGAAUUCUUUAGCCAGGUAAAUGGGGCAAAGGUAUGGGAUGCAUGGUCAUCCCAUGCUUGAGUCAUCUUAAAACAAGAGGCAUAAUCAACAUCUCUUCAAUGCUCUGAAAAAAUCACAUUUCAGCAUGAUGAUGAACAAAUGAUGCCCAGGUGAGAUUUUGGAACUCAUGGUGAUUUGUUGGCAAUAAGACACAGUUUGAACUAAGUCAAGAGAAAGGAUGAAUGCCUUAGAAAAACCACAGGAAUAGGCAAAUCCCCAAGCUGUAGCCAUGGCACGGUGGGUGCUACAGGGUUUGAGGUAACAUGGUUUGAAAGCAGCAAUGAUACUUUGGAUUUUCCAAUCUCGUUCCUCUAGAGUGUUGCCUUGGUGCUUUUGAGUCACAGACCCAAUAGUCUCCUGUAGUGAGAUGUUCAGCUAUCUGCCAUUCCUAUCUCCUGUAUUUGUUAUGAAGAAAACGUCACUUAAUUUUUUUCCAUCUCCCACUCAUGAUAAUGAGGAAACAGAACUCAUACGGACCACUUAUUUCUUUCUUGACCUGCCAUAUGUGGGCAGGAAGAAGAAGUACUAAUUUCUAUGUGACCCUCUGGAUGCUCAGUAUUGACCAGGGAACAGCAGAGCUCAUGCUGUUCCCAAUGUAUGACCACUUUACUGGCAACAAAACCGUAGGUACGCUAUAGGAACAAUGAAAUUUGUAGUGAAAAUAUAUCCCAAGUAAUGUUUUGGCUUUCAAAAUAUCACUUGUUAUGUGAGAUUCAAGUUUAACUUGGCACUCUGCACUGGUAUAUGUGUGUGUGUUAGACCUGGCAAACCGUCUCUUUGUGCCAUUUUACAAACCAAAUCCUGUUUUCUGGCUAUAUCUCCAUUUUGAAAAAGAAAUUUUGGAAACAUACAAUUAACUAUCUGUAUUGGUAGAUUCCACACCUACGGACUCAAACCCCCACAGGACAAGCCAAGCUGUGCCUGCAUGGAAUGUGUGCACAUUUUUUCUUGCCUUCUCCAAAAUACUACAGUAUGACUGUAAAGCCUUUGUAUUUUAUCAUGUUGUUAGUAAUAGAGAUGGGUUUAAACAUAUUAGACAGUAAGCAUGGUUUAUGUGCAAACCCCAUGCCGUUUUAUCAAAGGGACUUGAAUAUCUGUGCAAUUUAGUUUCUAUGGAGGGUCUAGAAUUAAUUCCCCAUUUAUAGAUACCAAAAGAGGACGCAUUUAUUCUCUGACGAUAAUCUUAUGGCACCUUGUGAAUGCAUCAUCCCUCGACAACUAGAAAAUUACAAUGUGCGGGAGCUAGCCCGAGGUCUCAUUAAAUUAUCUUUUUCUUCAUUCACUCAGUCUCCCAUCAGUGACCCAGAAUGAGCAUGUCAAUUUGAGGUCAUGAAAUGAUAGACAUAUAGUAAAGCAAAUUUUCUCUUUCUUUCAAAUUUACCAUCUUGUUUGUUUUCUUCUUGGUGUACCUAAAUCAAUCCCAUAAAUUUAACAUUGAGUCUUGUGUUCGAUGUCUUGUAUAAGACACAUCAGCUACCGAGUUGAUUCAAGAAGUUAAUUACUUUCCCCAGCCCAAGUAUUUAUUAUGAAAGCUUUGGAUAAAGACACAACAGAGGGAAGGGCUGGGGUUCUGUGGACACUAUGAAAACUCUACACUUUUGCCCGUUCAUCUGCAGUUUAAGAAACUUACCCAGAAAGGGUAUGACUUAGCCAAGGUCAGUCAACCGACAGUAGCAGAAUCAAUGAUAACUGAUAAGCUUUAAGACAAUAAAAACAAGAUUGAGUUAUAAGAAAUGAAAAAAAUCUAUUCAUGCAAAUCCCCAGAAUAACUGUCUUAAUCAGUCUAAAUAAAACUAAACAUUUCAGGUGAGUAUUAUUUAAAAAAUUACCAACUUUACAAUGGAAGAAGUGUGGCCUCCACAAGUGUGGCUGAAGGCAUUAUAUGGAGCAAGGAAGGUACAUGAGGGAAGGCUCGCAAGACCAGCAAACAAUGAAGGGAAUUCACAGAAGAACUGGAAAUAGCUGGCACAAUGGAGCCUUCAAAUCCUAAUGCCACCCUGGUACUGUGAACUGCGCUUAUGGAGGUCCUCAGCCAAUCUGAAGUCUUCUCCGUUGAGUUCGCUGAUUACACACAAGGCAGAGAAAUGGAAUCAUCUGUUAGCAGAUUUUCUAGGUCACUAUCAAGCUACUUUCUUCCUGGACACCAAGAAAGCAAGGAGUAUAUCAAUGAAAUAUUUUUGACAUUGUGAUCUUAUAUGACACUAUAGAGAGAGAGUUUCAAAGGUAGAUCAACACCUAAUUCUGUUCUCUGUUACUCUUAGGUUGAAACGUUCAGUGUUGGGCAAGGGAUGGAGGGAGAGGAAAUGUGGUUUUUUUGCCUUUGCUAACUCAGCUGGCUUUCCAGCUGUCUCUGGGUAUGCAUGACAAUCCAUCAUUGCUGUCUCCUGGGUAGUUUUUCUGCAGGUCAUUGCCUGUGACUCCCUCCAAUGGCUCUCCAUCAACCUUGCUCUGGUAAGGACCGGAGCCAUGGAGAAUAUAGUCGAAUGCUUGCCUCUGGCUCCUGUUCUGGUCUUGGCAGGGGCAGAGUCCAGGAUGGAGACGAGACAGGAAUCUGGCUGUGAGUAUCUGUCCCAGUCAGGCCUCUUGCCAGCUUAGGAUCUGGUCCUCAUUUGAACACCUGAGACCCUGUUCUCCAUCUCGUUGCUUCUGUGGUCUAGACAUUAUUUCCACUGUCAGAUAUGGCACACGGUAAAACCUAGAAAAAACACAGGGCCUUGACAGUGAGAAAUAGUGAUCCUUAUGCUUAUCCCAAAGCUCAUAGCACAUAGCACAGAACAGUUCCAGAAGCCUUUUCUAUGUAUGGCACUUGUAGUGACACUUCCUAUUUCCCUCAGUCCUAGAGUUAUCCAGAGAAUAUUUAAUACAGGUAUUAUUUCCCCAAGAGACAAGGAAAGCAAAAUACAGUUGAAAGCAGAAUGUGGUGUGUUGACAAACCUACCCACCUCUAGGGAAGCAUGCUGGCUUCUGGUUUACUCACAACUGGAUGGUGGGUUGCUAACAUCAUCAUAGCCUCUUGCUUCCAUAUUCAGCUUUAUACCGAAAUUCCUAUGAGCUGGAAGCUGAAAAAAUUAGGAGUCCAUAAUAAAAAGCAGUAAUUUGUGGGAAAUGUGCACUAAAGAAAGACUAAUUACACCGCAGGCCUGUCAGGCUUCAUAGUCGCUUCUCCCCCCCCACCCCGCGCCCCCAUUUUGUCUCAGCACUGAAGACCUGUUUGAUGUGCUGUUAUUCAAGAACUUUCAACAUCCUUUUUGAACACCUGUCUGGAUAAUUAGCCAAGCCGUAGACAGAGAUCAAAGCUGUGGCUAUUUUCUCUGCUCUUUGAACAAGAAGUGCCCUAGGUAUCUGUCUGGAAUUUGAUAUAAAAAAGACCUUGCCACAGUACGAUAGAAAGAUCCCGCCCCCGUGGCAUCCAUCUCUAGACCCAUUGAUGCUUUGAGCUACUGACACGUGCUCCCGUUAUGACAAGGCAUCUAAAGGUUUAAAGUUUGGCUGAGCGGGGGUGUUUUUCUUCUUCUAUAAACCCAGAGUAAACAUUAAGCAGACAGUGUUUCUUCUUAGGGCUUUAAACGGGAAAGGGACUGAAUCUGAAAAAGCUCUCUAGUAAGAAAGGGGAGUUCAGAAAGUGUCCUUUGCCCGGGAGCUACAUGAAGAAGCUGCCGGAAUGAGGAUGGGGUCAGAACUACAUCGCGUGGCCUCAUUCAUAACUUCUCAGCUACGAACAUCAGCUGAUGAAUAUUUAUGUUACUCCUGGCUUAGACCAGAAAGACAAAUAAGGGGCGGGGGGAGUUAGGAAAAGGUCGUCUGAACUCUGUGGGAUUUUUAACCAACACUUUCCAUGCGCGAGCAGUAGCCCUGAAUGAAGUCAUUCUGUGCAGGGGCCCGGUCUGGGAGAGCAGCUUGUUCAUUAGCGCUCUGCAGAAAUUGAACCUUGUGCAUUCGUGAGGUCCUGGAAGGGAAACCCUUUUGCUUAAGUCAAACACACUGGGUACAUAGCCACCUUAAUAUUAUUUUUGGGGAGUAAAUUAUUGCAAAUUGCUCCUUGCUAUAUAAUAACUUUAAUGGUUCAAAGAAAGAGCGAACGAGUGAAGGGGAUCUUUUAAAAUGUCUUUUAAAGGGGCGAUUCUAGUCUAGAGUAAUAUUUUACAGAGUGACAGUUUCGGAAAAAAUGUUUUAACAUGUAUGAAAUCAAUUAACUAGGUCUUCUAAUUAUCAUGGUUCAGCAAAUUAUUUUAUUAAAAUCUUGUGGAGAUUUUAUUUCAGGAGACUGGGCCCUCAUCCCCUUGCUGCAGAACCAGCCACAUUUGAUCACUCCCACACUUUCUCCAUUCCUCCUUGGCCUUUUCCUUUGGUCAUUACUGUUGCCUUUGCCUCUCCUUCGCUUGUGUUACAAUUUUCACCCCAGCUUAACCCGAGGCUGUAGAAAAAAAGAAGAGGAAACACGUAAAAAUGGGAAAAGCAUUAAAAUAGCUAUUAUUUCUUUGUUCAUUCCAGUUGAUGACAAAGCUAAAAUAUUUAGCCACAGUGAAACUGUGGUAGGAUUUCAGUGUGAUUGUCUUUGAAGCUUUGUUGCAGUGCCAUUGUGCAUAGUGACACAGGUGUCCAUUUUCAGGGUACCCAGAAGCACUUUAUCCCUAUGCAGAUGGAGAACACGUAAUUGGCUGAGGAACAACUGUCAAGAGACACCAGGAGGAAGUGAGGUGUUUUUGAGGAACAGCUGCAAAGUGUCCCUUGGGUAGGUUCUACCUGGAGAGUUUGUCUCAGAGUUAAGAGUGGCAAAGGGGUUGCACAAGGUUUUGGGGGAGACAGUAGCUUGAAUGAAAAUCACCCUCAUUGACUCGUAUAUUUGAAUUUGUUCUCUGCUCUGCGGAACUGUUUUGGAAAGAAUUAGGAGGUGGAGGUGGAACUGGAAAUUUUAAAGAGCCACUAGGUCCAGUAGUUAGCGCUCUCUCUCUCUCUCUCUCUCUCUCUCUCUCUCUCUCUCUCUCUCUUCUUCCAAC